GAAAAUUUUCCAGAAAAAAAAAAAAAAUAAAUAAAAAUAUCUCCUCCGUCCUUCCCACGCUCUCAACAAACGAAAUACGCAAUCGGAAAAUGGCCGGCAACUCGAGCUACGCCUCCGCCGCCGCUCCGGUGGCGGUGAUUAGCCCUAAUUUCUGCGUCGGAUACGCCGUGGAUCUCCACAUAGUUCGGAAAUUGAUGACUCUGUCGGAAGGGAGCUUCACGAUCUCCGAUUCCAACGGCGGCGUAAUGUUCACGACCAAAGGGAAGCUGAUGACGUUGCACGACCGGCGCCUCCUGCUCGACGCCGCCGGAAACCCUAUCAUAACCUACCAACAAAAGCUCUGGUCGCCUCGCCGGCGAUGGCAGGCGUUCAGAGGGCAAAGCAACGACGAAAGGGAUAUGAUCUUCAGCGUGAGGAAAUCUUCGAUUCUGCAAAUGAGGACCAAAUUGGAGGUUUUCAUGGCGUCCAACACUCGAGAGGAAAUCUGCGAUUUCAGAAUUGAAGGCAGCUGGUUCGAGAGAUCCUGCGUCAUAUACGCCGGAAAUUCCGAUAUCAUUCUGGCCAAGAUGCACAGGAAGCAUUCGGCGUCGAGUGUUCUUCUUGGGAAGGAUCACUUUAUGGUGACUGUUCAUCCCAAUGUUGACUAUGCCUUCAUUGUAGCUCUUGUGGUCAUUCUUGAAGAAAUCAACACAGAUAGAGAAGGAGGUGGUAAUUAAUUAAGAAUAAGUUUGAAUUUUAAUUCAUUAUUUUUGUUUUUGGAUUUUCAAGAUUGUUGUUUGUUGUUGGUUAGAUUGGAUUGUGGUUUUGGUAAUGAUUUGGAAUUGUUGGUGUUAUGUGUUAA